UCGAUAAGAGUCCAACUGAUCUAAUGAACUGAAAUUCUAUUGAUAAAUAUUAAUAGUAUUUACUUAUUCUUGACGGGAGGUAUUAGAUAUUUUCCUCUAAGUAAAAGUUAAUCCAAAUUCAUGGUCGAAUCGCCUAAGGUCAGUCUAAUCAAGAAAAUCGACAGUUGAACAUUUGAUCGAGUCUCUUAUUCUUAUCACAAUCAAAUUGAUUUGAUGAAAUUGUGAUAAUAGUUUCAGUCUAAUUCAGUUGUUGGAGAAAAAAGUUGAUUGUCAAUGAAUUUUUCUCAAGUGAUUAGUUUUCUCAUUCCAAUGACUAUUUUAGUAUCAAUGUUAAUCGCUGGAUUAGAUGGAUCGUCGAAAGGUUGUCAUUUAAGGCCAGUUAUCCACGUACUCAGUCACCCAGGGUGUUUAUCGAAACCGAUUCCGUCAUUUGCUUGUCAUGGUUCGUGUUCAUCAUAUGUUCAGGUUUCGGGGUCCAAAUUUUGGCAAGUUGAAAGGUCAUGCAUGUGUUGCCAGGAAAUGGGGGAAAGAGAGGCAACAAUUGGUAUUUUUUGCCCCAAAAAAACACCCAAAAUUAGAAAGAUUACAACCAAAGCUCCAGUUGAUUGUAUGUGUCGACCCUGUACUGGUAUCGAUGAAUCAACAAUUAAACCUCAAGAGUUGAUCAAUUUAACCGAAGAACUGAGAAAAACCGAUCAACAUAGUUAAUCAUGAUUCAUCACAAUUAAUAUUUCACCAAAAACAAUUAAUCAUAUUUAU